AUGGGGCAUUUCAUACUCGAAAAUCAUCCAAGAACAAUUGUGCCUCGAGAUCGGGAAGGUGGUACUGAACAUCUUUAUCAAAAUUACUUCUCCCCCAAACCUGUGUAUCCAGAACACAUAUUUCUAAGACGGUUCCAGAUGAGAAGGGAAUUGUUCAUCCAUAGUGUGGAGGAACUUGGAAAAAAUUCUGAAUAUUUCCAACAAAGAGUUGACACUGCAAAAAUAUUGGUGUUGUCUCCCUUUCAAAAAUGCACUGCUGCUAUUCGCAUCUUGGCAUAUGGCAGUCCAGCUGAUGCUGUUAACGAAUACAUUAAAAUAGGUGAGAGUACUGCCUUAGAGUGUUUAUUUAAAUUUUGUCGUGCUAUUAUAGACGUGUUUGGAGAUGUGUACAUGAGAAAGCCUACUUACAAUGAUGUCCAAUGA